GUGGCGGCUCCGGCAGGCGAGCACGGCUGGCUGGGUCUGAGCGGCCGGAGGAGACGCAAGCCCUCGCGGAUCUCGCCCAUCGCCGCCGUUCGCCAUGUCCUCCUUCGACACCAACCCCUUCGCGGACCCCGUGGACGUGAACCCCUUCCAGGACCCAUCUGUGACCCAGCUGACCAGCGCCUCACAGGGUGGCCUCUCUGAAUUCAACCCUUUUUCUGAGACAAAUGCAGCAACAACGGUUCCUGUCACCCAGCUUCCUGGUCCCUCACAACCUGCUGUCCUCCAGCCCUCUGUGGAACCAACUCAGCCAAGCCCCCAGGUACCGGUUGCAAAUAGUCUUUGGUCGUCUCCUUUCCAGAACUCGCUACAUACUAGUACAAACGAGUGCUCAGAGAGGCAGAGGCUACUAGAAGGAGAUAGUAUUCUCAGAGACAGCUACAUGCAGAAACUUUCGAUGGCUGUGGCCUCUGCGGCCCAGGCCAGCCUACUACGGCAGCAGGAAGAGCUGGACAGGAAGGCAGCUGAGCUGGAACGAAAAGAGAGGGAGCUACAGAACACAGUGGCCAACCUGCAUGUAAAGGAGAACAACUGGCCGCCCCUGCCUUCCUGGUGCCCGGUCAAACCCUGCUUCUACCAGGACUUCUCCGCGGAGAUUCCUGCUGACUACCAGCGCAUCUGCAAGAUGCUUUACUAUCUCUGGAUGCUGCAUUCCGUGACUCUGUUUCUGAACCUGCUUGCUUGCCUUGCGUGGUUCUUAGCGGACACCAGCAAGGGAGUAGACUUCGGCCUGUCAAUUCUGUGGCUGCUUAUCUUCACCCCCUGUGCCUUCUUGUGUUGGUACCGACCCAUCUACAAGGCCUUCAGGUCUGACAACUCCUUCAGCUUCUUUGUGUUCUUCUUCAUAUUUUUUUGUCAAAUAGGGAUAUACAUCAUCCAGUUGGUCGGUAUCCCUGGCCUGGGGGACAGUGGUUGGAUCGCAGCCCUGUCCGUCAUGCAUCAAAACCUGGCUGUGUCCAUCAUCAUGAUGGUGGUGGCCGGCUUCUUCACCCUUUGCGCUGUGCUCUCGCUCUUCCUCCUGAAGCGGGUGCACUCAUUGUACCGACGCACCGGAGCCAGCUUCCAGCAAGCCCAAGAAGAAUUUUCCCACGGCAUCUUCAGCAGCCGGACCUUCCGCAGCGCCGCUACAUCAGCUGCCCAAGGCACCUUCCAGGGGAAUUAGGCUUCCAUUGGUGCCACCUUCUGCCCAGAUCCUCUCUUAACCUGCCUUUUGAGCUGUACUUUGAGUGGGUGCCUUAACCAAGGGCUCAGCCCUGCACAGACCCCAGGUGGAUCUCGCUGUGACCCUUGCCCCCCAUCCUCUGCAGCCACCUCUCCCUUCUACCCAAGGAAAAGGGAGGGAGACCAGGGACUUAUUUUGUACAAGAGAAAAGAAAAAAAACAACUAUCUUUCCUUCUCUGGUGGUAGUUUGGCAGGGUAGGGUCUUUUCAUCUUUGUGGAAACAGGAGGCUAAGAUCUUCUUCCCCCUCAUGACCCGUUCAUUC